GCUGUAUAUUUUGAUCAAGGUUAAUAAUAAUAACAUUAAUAACUGACUUCGGUAUAAAAUAACAGUUAUCAAUAGAGCGCUUCGUUGUGAUGUCGACGAUUUAAAUUGAAUGUUGUUUUCCAAGUGAGAGGAAAAUGCAUCUGUAAUAUUUAGAGUGGUGUAUCCAAGUACUCAAGUGUUCUUGUGCCAAGAAAUCAACAUCAGACGACAUGUCGUUGGACAAUGAAGUGGUCGCAGAACUCGAUUUAGGGGAACCACCUAAAGAACUCCUAGAUUGGGCUAAAGAACAUCUCGGCGAAAAUCCUGACACAAGAUGUCAAAUCAUCUCAGAUUUCAGAGAUAUGAUCUAUGCGAGAGGAGAAUGUACACCUCAUAGAACUGACGAUGCCUUCCUACUUCGAUUUUUAAGAGCAAGAUCCUUUAUAAUUGAAAGGGCACAUAGACUGUUAGUAAACUACUAUGACUUUAAGGAAAAUAAUCCCCAGUUUUGCGAUAACAUAGAUUUAGUCAACUUGAAAAAAAUAGGUGCCGAUAAAAUCAUUCUUGUUCCGCCAUACCGUGAAGCUUCAGGCCGGAGAAUAAUGAACUAUAGGGUAGGUAACUGGGCUCCAGAUAAAUACACGAUAGAGGAAAUGUUCCAAGCCACCAUAGCAGUGUUAGAAAUGGCAGUCAUGGAGCAGCGAGCACAGAUUUUGGGGGGUAUUUGUAUCUUUGAUUUUGGAGGGCUUUCCAUGCAGCAAGCAUGGCAUAUGACGCCAAGCUUGGCUCACAAAGUUAUACAAAUUAUGGUGACUUGUUUCCCCAUGAGGAUCCAUGCACUUCACAUCGUAAAUCAGUCUUAUGUGUUUGACGUCAUUUACAACAUUUUUAAACCGUUUUUGAAUGAAGCAAUGAAGGAAAGGAUAUUUUUCCACGGAGAUAAUCUAGAAAGUCUUCAUAAACAUAUCGAUCCAAAAUAUUUGCCAGAAAGGUACGGAGGCAUCCAUCCUGACUAUGACUACGAACACUGGGUGGAUAGUUGUCGAAAAAAUUCGAAAAUUGUUGAAGAACUGAAAGCGCUGGGGUAUAAAGAUUCGGAACUUGAUGGAAAAUAAUGCGUUUAGAAUUAUUUGUAUAAACAAUAUUGUGAUUCUAGUGUAAGGAUUUUAGCCAUAAUCCGUUUUAUGCUUUUAUCAGUUAAGGUGUUAGUGUUAAUGUUUUAUUUACACUUCAUUUGGCGUUUGUGUUAAAGAAACGAUUUGCUAAAAGGCCUCAUAAACAGGGCGAUUUACGAGGAAUAAUACAAUGUUGGUACAAUUUGGUAAAUUCUUUACAAAACGUAUUUUUUUUAUUAUUCGUCUUAAAUCGACAUGUAGGUACAAUAAAAUGCCUUACGUUUUUUUAUAAAUCUGGUUUUACUAAAUAUUUUCUCAGUUAAUUAAUAUCAUCUAAAAUCUACCAAAAAAAUAUUUUUCAAAAUAAACGAAGCCAACAUUAAUCAAAAUGUUAUUUAAAAUUUAUAAUUCUUAAUUAAGAUUAUUAAAACUUGUUAAUUAUUGUGACUAAGCUUUAAAGUUUGAUUUCGCCAUUUUAGAUGUUUGUGUUAGUAUUAAGUAAACAAACAGGAAGUAUUUGUUUGGGAAAAAUGAGUCUAAUACAUAGUUAAAAAUUAAAACUUUUUUCUUGAAUGUAUGUUGAUAUGAACUUAAAUAAUAUAAUGUAUGCACAUUUAAGAAAAUAGGUUUAAGAGUAGGACAAAUUUAAAUGUAGAGAUUCAAUAAAAUACCUUUUCAUGAAA